UUGAUGAUUGCUUUCAUUUUAUGUAUGGAUCAAUGGUCUCGCUAGGUAGUGAAAUUAAUGUUAAACUGCUGUUCUAGGAGUUGAUUUUAAAAGUCUAGAACGGAUUAAUCCCUUUUGCAUUACUUUCUAUGGGAAAGUGCGCCUUGGUUUUGGAACGCUUUGAACGGACUUCUGGAACGGAGUAAGUUUGAGAACCAAGGUACCCAGUGUAGAUGACUUUCCAGGACCCUUCAAACUCUAUGAUUCAACUAUCUUCCAUAACGAUCUUCAGAGGAGUACAUAAUAAUAAAAUUCAACUCAAAACAAGUAUUUUUCCCUUUUGGAGGAAAAAUAGGAUGCUGAUCUCCACUCGUGCUUAUUGCAUUUUGUGCUGUCGUGUCAGCAAAGGCUGUUCCCACGUUAGGCAUGGGAAUGGGCAGGGGACGAAAAGGGGACAAUGUCUCUCAAGAGGCGCACCUGCUUCUCCCUGUCAAAUGUCGAAAGGUAACUGGAGCUCAUUGGGGCUCUGCAACGACUGUGUAUCAUCGCAUGGCAGCGGACGACCCAUUUCCAAAGACGACCGCCUCCUUUUGCAAAAUGAUCAGCCGCAGAUCCGCCGCACCCUCCGUCAAAGAGUUGGAGCAUGUGAUGGACAGCUGCAGGGUGGAAUUAAAUGAGAUAGAUGAAGUGUGGCCCAAUCUUUAUAUAGGCAACAUCACAGCGGCACACAACAAGGAAGAGCUAAGGAAACGGGGUAUUACUCACAUAUUGAAUGCAGCACAUGCUGCCUGGGGAAGCAAAGGUAGCCAAGCGUUCUAUGGAACAGAGUUCCAUUACUACGGAAUAGCAGCAGAAGACUCCCCAGACUUUGACCUCGGCGUACAUUUCCGCCCUGCCUCCGAAUUCAUCACCAAAGCCCUAAGUGUACCAAACGGAAAGAUCUUGGUCCACUGCAUUCUAGGCAGAAGCAGAUCAGCAGCCCUGGUUCUGGCUUACCUCAUGAUCUGUCAGAACUUCUCUCUGGCUGACGCCGUCGGAAAGGUCCUGCAGAAUCGAGCCAUCUCCCCGAACCGAGGGUUCCUGAAACAGCUGCAAGACUUAGAUCUGGAGCUACGGUACAAGAUCAGGCUGUGUCAGCUUCUGUAACGUGAAGAAGAAAGCAAAA